AUGUUCAAGUGCGUUCCUGACAUGUGUGUCUUUUCUCUGGCGCGUGUGUGUGAGGCUGCGGGCGGUUAGUGCUGUCGUUGGUUGAGUAUUGAGCUCCAGUCUGACCUACUUUCGUACUUCGCAUCAGCUCAGCGCUGUUUACAGGCGCUCGUCGGCAGAGGAUGUGGACCCGGUAACGAAAACACGUCGCCGAAACGCCGAGUCGCGUGCUCUCCCGUGCCGCUUUUAUCCUGGGGAUCUUGACUUAGCGUGGUUAGUGCGUAUUUUGUCCCGUGUCCCACUUCAGAGUGGCUCUUUCGUGGCUUGUUUGAGGUAAAGGCGAGCUCACUCGUGGAUUCGGCGUAAGAGACGCGGACGAGGGCAAAAGUGAAGCGUGAACCUGUGACGUUAGUCCUUAACGCACGGUCCUUCUGUUUGUAACUUCAUGGAGAGAGAAAACACUUUUGCAAGUGUACAUUAACAAUUGUCGUCUGGAUGUCAGUAGUCAAGAUAAACACUAUCUUGAGGUUUAAGCAUUUAAGGACUGGCUAGCCAUAGGAACAUAACUACAAUAUCUAUUGGCUGUCAGUCAAUACCGGUGAAUAGCCUUCAGAGAUUUGUGAGUGGUGGCUAACCACAAGCAUUAGGCAGUUAGCUUGUAGCGUCCAUUAGAAUUUCUGUGGGUGUUUCGAGCGUGGAAGACACGAAUGGGACACUCUAGCCUUUCCAGACGGCCUGAAUGGGAGAAGGAGUGAGCAUGGACAACCUUUUGGAGUUUGGAGGCCUUUGUCCAUCCACCCGGAGGGAAUGGGACACAGGGAGCUGUGUGGAUGAUUUAAUGGAUGAAGAUGAGAAAGACAGAGCAAAAAGGGCGUCCCGUAAUAAAUCAGAGAAGAAGAGAAGAGACCAGUUCAAUGUUCUCAUUAAAGAGCUGUGUACGAUGCUGCAGGGUCAAGGUCACCCCCGCAAGAUGGACAAAUCCACAAUCCUGCAGAGAACCAUUGACUUCCUGCAGAAACAGAAAGAAAUCACAGCGCAAACAGAAUCCUGUGAGGUCCGGCAGGACUGGAAGCCUUCUUUCCUCAGCAACGAGGAAUUCACCCAGUUAAUGCUGGAGGCAUUGGAUGGUUUCCUGAUAGCGCUUACCACAGAUGGGAACAUCAUAUAUGUAUCUGACAGCGUCUCAUCUCUUAUUGGUCAUCUGCCGUCAGAUAUGGUGGACCAGAACAUUUUGAACUUCCUGCCAGAACGAGAACAUGGAGAGGUGUAUAAACUUCUGUCAUCACACAUGCUCCUGACAGAGCCUUCUGCUGUGGACCUACUCAACAGCAAUGAGACACACGUUGAGUUCUGCUGUCAUUUAGCAAGGGGGAACAUUGACCCAAAAGAACCGCCCACUUACGAAUAUGUCAAAUUUGUUGGAGAUUUCAAGUUUCAUAAUAACGUGCCUCUGUCCUCAUGUAACGGUUAUGAGCUGGCAUUUCCGCGCACACUGCAGUCUUCACUAGAGGAGCAGAUCUGUCUCGUAGCCACAGUGAGACUUGUGACCCCUCAGUUCCUAAAGGAUCUGUGCAACGUGGAGGAUGUGUGUGAUGAAUUCACAUCAAGACACAGUCUGGAAUGGAAAUUUCUCUUCUUAGAUCAUAGGGCCUCGCCUAUCAUUGGGUACCUGCCGUUUGAGGUUUUAGGGACCUCGGGUUACGAUUAUUACCAUGUGGACGACCUGGAGUUGAUUGCUCAGUGUCACAAACAAUUGAUGCAGUGUGGGAAAGGAAAAUCCUGUUACUAUCGGUUUCUGACUAAAGGGCAGCAGUGGAUCUGGCUACAAACACACUAUUACAUCACAUACCACCAGUGGAACUCCAAACCAGAGUUUAUCGUCUGCACACACAGUGUGGUCAGCUAUGCUGAAGUCCGAGCAGAAAGAAGGAGAGAGAUUGGAUUGGAGGAAAGCUCAUCUGAUAUGGCAACAUCCUCAAUUAAGGGGCAGGAGGUGUUUUUGGACAUGUGUCCUCCUUUGGAAACUACACGAGAAAGAAUCAGCAGCGCUCGAUCAGUGUCGUCACAGAGUUCUAGGAAAUCUUCACACACAGCGCUGUCUGACUCGGCGUCGAACUCAUCGGUAAGGUACACAGAGGCAUGCACGUCGUCACGACAAUCCGCUUCUAUUGGUCCUGAGAAGAGUUCCAACAGAAUGCCACAUAGUGGAUCAAAGAGCCUGAUUCAGAGGCAGAGCUCCUCUGAGCCCACAUCACUCUCCCCCUCCUGCAGUCAGCAUUCCACUAUGACACAGUCUCUGUACGGAUUCCAGCAGCCUCAGUUAGGCGUCAUGCAUCAGCUGAAAGAACAGCUAGAAGAGCGGACGCGCAUCCUACAGGCCGACAUCAAAACACAACAACAAGAGCUGCACGACAUUAAAGAGAAACUACAACUUGCUAAUCUACAGAUGUUACUUCAGCAGCCGAUACAGGGAGAAUUUGCCGGUUCUGGUCCUCAGCAGCAGGGUCCAGGCAGGCCGUCCCAACACAGCACCCAGCCCAAACCUCAACACUGUGUUUCACAUUCAUCGCACACACUACUCAGAGAACAGCCCAGUAGCUCAUCUGCUCAGGGCCAGCAGAGACUGGUUCAGACUGGACACAUGCAGGCCGUCAGCGUUCCAAUGCAGACACACACCAGUCUCACCACACCCUUCUAUAGCAACCCAAUGAUGUUCUCACCUAACCACGGACACCGAACCCAACAUGACACACACUGCCAAAGACACACACACACUGACUACAGCCAGGACGGACAGCUACGGAUGCUACUAAACCAACCAAUGCAGACGCUUGUACCAGACAGCAAUGGGGGGGCCCAGUCUUCCCAGUGCAGCUCAACUAUUCAACAAACCAAAUAUCCUCUGGACCAGCAGAUGAUGGCUCCUUCCUUCCCUGUGCAGCAGGUGAACUGUAACGCUGUGCUUGUCCCUUCCCCCGUCUUCACCUCACCAAUCAUGAUCCCACAUAACAGUUUCAUCACCCAUCAGGCCACGCCCGCCUAUACGCCUCACCCAUCAGCCGCCCCACAAAGUUUACCACUACAACAAACUCAGCAGUUCUUUCAGAUGCAGCCUCAGGGUCUGAUUCACAGUGCUCCCACUCAGGCCUUAUUCCACACCCCUAGCGUUCCGCAGCAAAGCACUGUGGGAUACGUACAGCCACAACAGCAGCAGCAACAGCAUCAUCACUCACAGUCCGGCAACCUGUCGGACUACAGAAACAUGCUCCCACGGUAGCCCCGCCACCUGGGGGAAAAAGCCAAGAGAUUGCUGGAAAAGCGCAUUGAGCAUUUAGCUCUGAAAGGCAUGAUGGGAAGGGACUCUCUCGGCUCAGGGGAAGGCUCGCUCCCGAGCCAAACCAAAAUCGAGAAAGCCAAAGUCCCUCAAAGUUCCCAUGACAGCAAAUGAUGGUGAUAACGCCACAAGGCCCAAGGACUGUGCCUGGCCUGGACUGCACGCAGGGGAUGCUGGGAUACGUAGGAGGAGCCCGCAGGCGUGUGACCUGUCAUGGAGACAGAGGUCACAGAGCAGUCAAGCAGGCGCUUUGAUCGACACGUAAAGGACAGAAAGCCGUAGAGGGUUUUUGGUACUGUAAUGUUACAGUUAUCUAGACUUUUCAAAACACAAACAUACAAAAAUAAGACAAAAUCAACAAAUCAAGUAAUGCCUUGACAGAGCGUAAACUCUUCUGCGUGUGUUCUGUCCUCAACCGCUACUAAAAUAGUAACUAAAAGAGAAACCGCCCCACCAAGAAGAAGAAAAAUACAUGAACUGAUCAUAUUUCAUGUGCGUGUGCUGAUGAGAGGAGCUGGGCAUAAUUCAGCGAAGACCCAAAUAUAUUUGAAAAACAUUUGGCUUCCUGUUAUCAUGUGCAGAGCAGGUUCGGCCCCCUCCUGUAGUUAUGUUAACACUAACGUAAAGAAACUUGAAUCACGCUGUAUAUUUCUAAUAUUUAAGAGCAAGUUCGCAUUAGGGCAAACCUUCCUAUUGCUCAGCUCAACUCAAUCCCUGUUACUCUUUAUUUUUUGAUCCACUGUACUGUACCUAGGGUUUCUCCACAUGUUGAGUUCCGAAAUAUCAUAUUUCAGUACUUUUUAUUUCAUUUUACGGUUAUAAACCUAGCUCGUCAGGAGAAGCAUGUUGGUUUCACUGAUCAAACAGUUCUUUGAGUUUUCAGAUGUGCAUGUGGUCUGCCUGUUCAUACAGAAAUCUAAAUUUGAUUUGAUGUCAAUGUAAGCAGGACAGAUGUGCUUCAAUAUUUAGUUUCAGUGUUACACAGGGAUGAAGCUCUGUUUAAUUUAUGCUUCGUAGUAGAGGGACUGUGUUGAUUGUUUUAUGGUGGUGGGGCGCGAGUGGUGCAGCAGUUAAACUGCGAAAAUGAAGAUGUAAAAUAAAACGGUAAUGCAUGUGGAAUGAUUGAAGACAAUCACAACGUCAUGGCUGCAGAAAUGGAAAUGUUCUCAUCUGCCUGUCACUUUGGGCAAAAUGUUUGGCAAAUACAACUCAAAUAUUAGUAAAAAAAAAAAUACCCCAUUAUUAUUAUUUUUUUUUUUGUAUUAUUAUUUUUGAGGAAUUGUUGUAGACAUGGAAGUGUUUAGAUGUUAUGAAAAAUCACAGACAAAAAUCUGACAAUCGGGGAAACUUCAAGCUUGCACUUUCCUCCAUCCUGUCACGCAUAGCACAUUUAAAGGCUGGUGCUGGUUAUAUUAUUUUUUUUAAAACUAAGACGAUUCUGUUCAAGACAGUUUAGAUCAUGUGCCCUUCUGUAUGUCGUGCAAUGCAAAUCGAAAAACAAGAAUGUGUGUAAUUUAUACUUAUCGAAGAGAUUUCUGUUUUUCGUCAGGUAUGUUUUCUUGUAUUAGCAAGAAAUGCUUCGUAUUAGUAAAAGCCAACGUGCUGUUUGAAUGAAAACCGAAAGUAUUUUUGUACUAAAAUCUCCUCGACAUUCCUUCAGUCAUGUGUAGAAAGCGUGAAACUCCCCGACUCUCUCAGGUGUGACAUCUCCACGCAGGUGUCUAGCUUGUUAGUACGCUGUUGCUGGUCUAAGCCGGUUACUAGGUGGUCAUUAGCUGCUCCAACCAUCUGGGACCAGCAACAAACCAGACGGAGGAGCUAUAAAACACCAACUUCAAAACGAGUAGGACAAAUAAAUCCAAAGGUUCUGACUUACGCCAGUUGCCACUGUGAUGGCCAUUUAGUGUGUGCAUCGCCCCCUGAACAAAACGAGCUGUUUCAUCCUUCAUUUAUUGCCCAUUUGUGGUGUUUUCAUGAAAUAUUUUGCCAGCUAGGCUCGAACAUUUCGUCUCAAAUGUUUCUUGAGUUAAAGGUUUGAUUGUUUUGCAGAUGUGUUUGUGUUCAUUGGGUUGUGAGUGGUAGAUGGAAACUGUACCGACUCUCUCAUCUUUGUUCUCUUUCUCUAUGAAACUAUGCUCUUGUGGAGACUGCACUUUAUUCUUUAUCCCUUCUUUAAGUCUUUUGCUUUGUGCUCUCUCUCUCUCUCUCUCUCUCUCUCUCUCUCUUUUCUCUCUGGCCUAAAUUUCACCCCAAAAGUGUCUGUUCUGAUGAGGUUUUAGGCCUCAUGGAUUCGUGAGCGUGUGUUUUAUGUGUGUGUUGUGAGUGUAUGUGUUAUCUGUGUUACCUGAACUGGUGACAUCGUCAAUGCAUUUAUAUUCUACCAGGUGAGGGGAAGAGACAGAAAGUGACACCUGGUUUAAACAGCCAUCUCUGCUGAUACUCUGCAGAAAAUACACGGAAGAUAUUGUAAUAUAAGAUAUACAGAAAAUGUCUAGAAAAAUAUAGUUGUUUAUUUUAUAAGAUGUCAAAUAGAUUGAAAUAAAUUUAUAUGCAGUGUAUGAUUUGAAAGUAAAAACAGAGGUAUUUUGUAACAGAUUAAUUAUUGAAGUGUCUUACUUUGGGGGGACGUAAAGCUUUCUGUUUGUCGGUUCAGCGAGUUGAUGUUGCACAGUCAAUGUAUGGCUUGUUUUUCCCCCUUUUAUUCUUCUGUGUACAUAUACCAUCACAACAAGCUUUAACAUAUUGUUAAUAUUGUUUUAAAAGAAAUUAAUAAUAAAAAAAAAGUUUACAUUCUGAAA